UGCAGAUGGCAUCAGAUUUUAAGGUGUCUGUGAUACUACCAAUGAGGAAUGCAGCAGAGUGGUUGCCUGAAUGCUUGAAAGGCCUCUUGGAUCAGAGUUAUCAAGACCCCUUCGAGAUCUCCAUCUUUGAUGAUAACAGCACAGACAAUUCUUUGCAUUUGGUGGAGAGCUUUCGGGAACAGUUUGCGGCGAGGCAAAUCACACUGAAGGUGACUCAAAUAAAGGGUGGUGGCCCUCUUGGUUGUGGAUUUGCCAAAAACAGUGCCAUCAAAGCCAGUAGUGGAGAAUACCUUUGCUUUCAAGAUGCUGAUGACAUCAGUCAUCCUAAUCGAAUUGAACUCCAGCUACAGGCAGCGAUGGGGAUUCCAAAUGUACUAGUGGGAAGCCGGUUUUUUCGGAUUCCAGAGGAUUCAACUAGACGCUACACAUCUUGGGCCAAUCGUCUUACCCCUCAGCAGCUGUAUACCCAGAUCUACACAGCAAAUGGACCUACACUGAUCAUGCCAACUUGGUUUUGUCAUCGAUCUCUCCUUCAGUGUGGGGGAUUCGAUGAGACACCUGGUGUACCCGAAGACCUUAUCUUGUUCUACAGACACCUCAACAGGGGAGGAAGCUUGAAAAGAGUGGAUGAAGUUCUUGUUACAUAUCGAUAUCAUUCACAAGCAACCACGCACUCAAUUCAACAGGAAACUAUUUGGUUUCAUCGACUGAACAGAUUCUCUUCUUGUGUUCUAUCUGAAUGGAAUUCAUUCACCAUCUGGAAUGCAGGGAAGCAAGGGCGAAGAUUUUAUCGGUCUCUUGAUGCCAAGCUUCAAAAGAAAGUUGUUGCCUUCUGUGACGUGGACUCAAAAAAGAUUGCCAAUGGGUUUUAUAUCUAUGAAGAGAGUUCAGAGGUUCCCAAGCCAAGGGUGCCCAUCUUACACUUUCGGGAUGCAUCUCCACCCUUUGUGAUCUGUGUGAAGUUGGAUCUAACUGGUGGAGAGUUUGAGAAGAAUCUACAGUCCCUUCAUCUUAUUGAAGGCAAGGAUUACUACCUCUUCAGCUAA